AUGCUUCAAUUUCCCGAAAAUAUUUACAAUGUUUAUUUUCUUGCAAGGCAGAGGGAAUAUUCGAUAAAUUAUUGUCUCUUAAGCCGGAUAAUGCGCAGUUUGUGCUGCAAGAGUCAGCGAAACUACAAACAUGUUUUUAGUCUAAAAUCAAAGCAGCCAAUAUACCAAUGUCUGAACCUUAUAUACAUGAAGAAUUAUUCAAGUUCAUAUAAUGGGUGGGGUAUUCAACUUUGGAAAGAUGUUCACAAAGAAAAAGUGACAGAUGCCCUCUUCAGCUAUGGUCACUGGGACAAAGAUCCUAUAAACAGGAUUGCUCACAAGUCAUCCAUAUUGGGCAUUUCACAAAAGCAUAAACUUGUUCGUUUAUGUGCAGAGACGGGAACAGUUCUAGAGAGUAUUUUUUUGUCACAGAUAUACAAAUUUAAAAGUAUUUAUUGGGAUGAUCCACACUAUACAGCAGUUAUCUCAUCAUCAAAAGUCCAGACACAGGACCAAUCUUGGCAAGUGGAAAAUCCACACCCAGAGAAUCCUAAAUACUUCAAGAACUGUCCAGGAUCCAUGAUGAAAGCAAUUGCACUUUUUAAUGUGUUUCCACUUGAAUUUGUAGGGAUGUUUGCUAUAGAAAAGGAGAUUUUUGGAAAUGACCUCCAUGAUGCUCUAGUUUCUGAUAAUCUUCUGGUAACUAACAAACGUGGAGGAAUUGUGGAGCUUUUCAGUGUUGAUUACAUUUUAGAACAUUUCUUAUUGUACAAAGCAUCACUUUAUGAACCUGAUCCAGUAACAGGCCAUAUUGUUGGCAUGCACCCUUUUGGUAUUCCUUUUAAUAUUAAAUUUAAAGGUAAAAUAGCAUAA